CAGCCAGGCUAAGAUGGCGGCGCGGCGCCUGGUAGGGGCGGGGGGCGGCGGAGCCCGAGGGGCGGUGGGACGCUGACCCCGCCUCCUGCUGCUGCCAGUCUGCGCCGGGCGGCGGCGGCGGUGGAGACCGAGAGAUGGCGGCGGCGCGCAGCUUCGGAUCCGAUCGGGAGGCCGAGCCGGCCAAGGAGGCGCGCGUCGUGGGUUCCGAGCUUGUGGACACGUACACGGUUUAUAUAAUACAAGUCACUGAUGGCAACCAUGAGUGGACAGUCAAGCACCGCUACAGCAACUUCCAUGACCUGCAUGAAAAGCUUGUUGCAGAGAAGAAGAUUGAUAAAAACCUGUUACCACCCAAGAAGAUAAUUGGGAAGAACUCGAAGACCUUGGUGGAGAAGAGGGAGAAGGAUCUGGAGGUCUACCUGCAGACGCUCCUGGCCACCUUCCCCAGCGUGGCCCCCAGAGCGUUAGCACACUUCUUGCAUUUUCAUUUCUAUGAGGUCAAUGGCAUCACUGCAGCCCUGGCUGAGGAGCUCUUUGAAAAAGGAGAACAGCUUCUGGGGGCCGGCCAGGUCUUUGCCAUCGGUCCCCUGCAGCUCUACGCGGUCACAGAGCAACUGCGGCAGGGAAAGCCCACAUGCGCCAGUGGGGACGCCAAGACCGACCUGGGACACAUCCUGGACUUCACUUGUCGCCUUAAGUACCUUAAGGUUUCCGGCACAGAAGGGCCUUAUGGGACCAGCAACAUCCAGGAGCAGCUCUUGCCUUUCGACCUGUCGAUAUUCAAGUCUCUUCAUCAGGUGGAGAUCAGUCACUGUGAUGCUAAGCACAUCCAAGGGCUGGUUGCAUCGAAGCCCACAUUAGCCACAAUGAGCGUCCGUUUCUCAGCCACGUCAAUGAAGGAAGUCCUUGUUCCCGAAGCCUCAGAAUUUGAUGAGUGGGAACCAGAAGGCACAGCGUUGGAGGGCCCUGUGACCGCCAUCAUCCCCACAUGGCAGGCCUUGACCACCCUGGACCUGAGUCACAACAGCAUCUCUGAGGUCGACGAGUCUGUGAAACUGAUUCCAAAGAUUGAGUUCCUGGACCUGAGUCACAAUGGAGUGCUGGUCGUGAACAAUCUGCAGCACCUGUACAACCUCGUCCACCUGGACCUGUCCUACAACAAACUGUCCUCCUUGGAGGGCGUUCACACCAAACUCGGCAACAUCAAGACCCUGAACUUGGCCGGCAACCUCCUGGAGAGUCUGAGUGGCCUCCACAAACUCUACUCUCUGGUCAACCUGGACCUCAGCUACAACAGGAUCGAACAGAUGGAAGAGGUGAGGAGCAUAGGCAGCCUCCCGUGUCUGGAGCACGUGGCCCUGCUGAAUAACCCCCUGAGCAUCAUCCCCGACUACCGCACCAAGGUGCUCGCCCAGUUUGGGGACCGGGCCUCAGAGGUAUGUCUGGACAACACAGCGACCACAGAGAAGGAGCUGGACACUGUGGAAGUACUGAAAGCCAUUCAGAAAGCCAAGGAGGUCAAGUCCAAACUGAGCAGCUCUGAGAGGAAGGUCGGCGAGGACUCCCGGCUCCCUGCCAGCCCCUGCAUCAGACCUGGCAGCUCCCCUCCCACUGUGGUGCCCACUUCUGCCUCCCUGCCUCAACCCAUCCUCUCCAGCCAAGGAAUCAUGUUCGUGCAGGAGGAGGCCCUGGCCAGCAGCCUCUCAUCCACUGACAGUCUGACUCCUGACGACCGGCCCAUCACCCGGGACUGCUCCGACUCCCUGGAAUCCAUCCCCACAGGACAGGCCUCUUUCGAUGAUUUAAGGGAUGUGCCAGGAGCUGUAGGUGGGAUAAGCCCAGAGCACGCAGAGCCUGAGGUCCAGGUGGUUCCUGGGUCUGGCCAGAUCAUCUUCCUGCCCUUCACCUGCAUCGGCUACACGGCCACCAACCAGGACUUCAUCCAGCGCCUGAGCACGCUCAUCCGCCAGGCCAUUGAGCGGCAGCUGCCCGCCUGGAUCGAGGCUGCCAACCAGCGUGAGGAGGGCCAGGGCCAGCAGGGCGAGGAGGAUGAGGAGGAGGAGGGCGCCGAGAACCGCUACUUCGAGAUGGGGCCCCCCGACGUGGAGGAGGAGGGCGGCCGGGGCGAGGAGGACGAGGAGGAAGACGACGAUGAUGACGAGGAGCGGCUGGCCCUGGAGUGGGCGCUGGGCGCCGACGAGGACUUCCUGCUGGAGCACAUCCGCAUCCUCAAGGUGCUCUGGUGCUUCCUGAUCCACGUGCAGGGCAGCAUCCGCCAGUUCGCGGCCUGCCUGGUGCUCACCGACUUCGGCAUCGCCGUCUUCGAGAUCCCGCACCAGGAGUCGCGCGGCAGCAGCCAGCACAUCCUCUCCUCGCUGCGCUUCGUCUUCUGCUUCCCGCAUGGCGACCUCACCGAGUUCGGCUUCCUCAUGCCUGAGCUGUGCCUGGUGCUGAAGGUGCGGCACAGCGAGAACACGCUCUUCAUCAUCUCGGACGCCGCCAACCUGCACGAGUUCCACGCCGACCUGCGCUCCUGCUUCGCGCCGCAGCACAUGGCCAUGCUGUGCAGCCCCGUGCUCUACGGCAGCCACACCAGCCUGCAGGAGUUCCUGCGGCAGCUGCUCACCUUCUACAAGGUGGACGGCGGCGCCCAGGAGCGCAGCCAGGGCUGCUUCCCGGUCUACCUGGUGUACAGCGACAAGCGCAUGGUGCAGACGGCCGCCGGCGACUACUCGGGCAACAUCGAGUGGGCCAGCUGCACGCUCUGCUCGGCCGUGCGCCGCUCGUGCUGCGCGCCCUCCGAGGCCGUCAAGUCGGCGGCCAUCCCCUACUGGCUGCUGCUCACCCCGCAGCACCUCAACGUCAUCAAGGCCGACUUCAACCCCAUGCCCAACCGCGGCACCCACAACUGCCGCAACCGCAACAGCUUCAAGCUCAGCCGCGUGCCGCUCUCCACCGUGCUGCUGGACCCCACGCGCAGCUGCACCCAGCCCCGGGGCGCCUUCGCCGACGGCCACGUGCUCGAGCUGCUUGUGGGCUACCGGUUCGUGACCGCCAUCUUCGUGCUGCCGCAUGAGAAGUUCCACUUCCUGCGCGUGUACAACCAGCUGCGGGCCUCCCUGCAAGACCUGAAGACCGUGGUCAUCGCCAAGAACCCGGCCACCAUGAGCAGGUCCUGCAGCUCUGUCGGGGGCGGCCAGCCUGCCGAGGCCAGGGCCAGCAGUGACCAGUGUCCCCAAGGGGCCUCAGCAGAGGUCUCAGCUCCAGCAGAGGCCCCAGCACAAGCUCCCGGGGAAGUGCCGGCUCCAGGUCCAGCAGAAGCCCCAGUUCCAGUAGAAACUCCUGCACCAGUGCCAGCUCCAGCUGCAGUGGCAGCAGAGGCCCCCGCACCGGUUCCAGCAGGAGCCCCAGCGCCAGCUCCACCAGAAACCCUGGCCCUGGACCCAGAGGCAGCUCCAGUGGAGGCUCAGGCACAGGCUCCAGAGGAUGCCAAGACACCAGGCCAGGAGAAGACCCCAGCAGGCACCCAAGCAGAGGGUCCAGCACCAACUCCCAUGAAGGCAGAAGCCCCAGUACAGGAUCCUGUGGAGGCAGAAGCCCCAGUGCAAGACCACGUGGAGGCCGAAGCCGCAGCAGAGACCCCGGCACCAGCGGAGGCCCCUGCCCAGUACCCAAGUGACCAGCUGAUCCAGUCCACGUCAGAGGAGAACCAGAUCCCCUCCCACCUGCCCGCCUGCCCAUCACUGCGGCACAUCGCCAGCCUGCAGGGCAGUACCAUCAUCGACUUCUUCCACAGCAGCAUCGCUGAGGUGGAAAACGAGGAGCUGAGGCACCUCAUGUGGUCGUCCGUGGUGUUCUACCAGACGCCGGGACUGGAGGUGACCGCAUGCGUGCUGCUGUCCACCAAGGCCGUUUAUUUUGUCCUGCACGAUGGCCUGCGCCGCUACUUCUCCGAGCCUCUGCAGGAUUUCUGGCAUCAGAAAAACACCGACUAUAACAACAGUCCUUUCCACAUCUCCCAGUGCUUUGUCUUAAAAUUCAGUGACUUGCAGUCCGUCAACGUUGGGCUAUUUGACCAGUAUUUCCGGCUGACAGGCUCUUCCCCCGCGCAGGUGAUCACGUGUUUGACAAGGGACAGCUACCUGACACACUGCUUCCUCCAGCACCUCAUGGCCGUGCUGUCCUCGCUGGAGCGCACACCCUCCCCUGAGCCUGUCGACAAGGACUUCUACUCUGAGUUUGGGAACAAGAGCACAGGCAAGAUGGAGAACUACGAGCUGAUCCACUCAAGCCGCAUCAAGUUCACCUACCCCAGCGAGGAGGAGAUCGGAGACCUGACAUUUAUCGUGGCCCAGACGGUGGCUACAGAGGAGCAGGCGCCAGCACUCAGCAUCCUGCUGUACGUGCAGGCCUUCCAGGUGGGCCCUCCGCCCCCGGGGCGCAGCAAGGGCACGCUGCGCCCCAAGACGCUCCUGCUCACCAGCGCCGAGAUCUUCCUCCUGGACGAGGACUACGUCAACUACCCGCUGCCAGAGUUUGCCAAAGAGCCGCCACAGAGGGACCGGUACCGGUUAGACGACGGCCGCCGUGUCCGGGACCUGGACCGCGUGCUCAUGGGCUACCAGACCUACCCGCAGGCCCUCACCCUCGUCUUCGAUGAUGUGCAGGGCCACGACCUCAUGGGCAACGUCACCCUGGACCACUUCUCAGAGGUGCCAGGGGGCCUGGCCGAGGCAGGUCAAGGCCGUGAGGUCCAGUGGCAGGUGUUCGUCCCCAGUGCCGAGAGCCGAGAGAAGCUCAUCUCUCUGUUGGCUCGCCAGUGGGAGACGCUGUGCGGCCGGGAGCUGCCUGUUGAGCUCACUGGCUAG